GACUUGCGUCACAUGACUGCCGGCGCCCGUCUCAGAAUCAGGCAUGAGCUUCCAGCCUUGUGUCUCUGUGAACCAUGGGGUCCUUUCCCGGGUCCUGGUCCUGCUGCUGGCACUGGGGCUAAGCAACCUCCAAGUCAGAGCUGACGGAGUUCUAGACCCCGACUUUGAGGAGAACUAUUUUGAGCAAUACAUGGACCAUUUCAACUUUGAGAGUUUCGGCAACAAAACCUUUGGACAGCGGUUCCUGACGUCAGAUAAGUUCUGGAAGUCGGGCGAGGGGCCCAUUUUCUUCUACACCGGGAAUGAAGGGGACAUCUGGAGCUUCGCAAACAACUCUGGUUUCAUGGUGGAACUGGCGGCACAGCAGGGGGCCCUGCUUGUCUUCGCUGAGCACCGGUACUACGGGAAAUCGCUUCCAUUCGGUGUGCAGUCCACACAGCGUGGAUAUAUGCAGCUGCUGACCGUGGAGCAGGCACUGGCUGACUUUGCCGUGCUGCUCCAGGCCCUGCGGCAAGAUCUUGGGGUCCCGGAUGCUCCCGUCGUAGCCUUCGGAGGGAGUUAUGGGGGGAUGCUGAGCGCCUACAUGAGGAUGAAGUAUCCCCAUCUGGUGGUGGGGGCACUGGCAGCCAGUGCUCCUGUGGUAGCUGUUGCAGGCCUUGUUGACUCCUACCAAUUCUUCCAAGACGUCACAGCGGACUUCUAUGACCAGAGUCCCAAGUGUGCCCAGGCUGUGCGGGAUGCCUUCCAGCAGAUCAAGGACUUGUUCCUCCAGGGAGCUUAUGACACCAUCAGGCAGAAUUUUGGUACCUGCCAAUUGCUUUCCAGCCCAAAGGACCUGACUCAGCUCUUUGGGUUUGCUCGGAAUGCAUUUACCACGCUCGCCAUGAUGGACUACCCAUACCCUACUGACUUCCUUGGAAAUCUUCCUGCCAACCCUGUCAAGGUGGGCUGUGAACGGCUGCUGAAAGAGAACCAGAGGAUCAUGGGCCUACGAGCACUGACAGGGCUGGUCUACAACUCCUCUGGAACGGAGCCCUGUUUUGACAUCUACCAGCUCUAUCAGAGAUGUGCUGACCCCACUGGCUGUGGCACUGGCCCUGAUGCCAAGGCCUGGGACUACCAGGCCUGUACGGAGAUCAAUCUGACCUUUGACAGCAACAACAUGACAGACAUGUUCCCCGACAUCCCGUUCUCUGAGGAACUCCGCCAGCAAUACUGCCUGGACACAUGGGGCGUGUGGCCUCGGCGGGACUGGCUGCGAACCAGCUUCUGGGGUGGCGACCUUAAAGCUGCCAGCAACAUCAUCUUCUCCAACGGUGACUUAGACCCCUGGGCAGGGGGCGGGAUUCCCAGCAACCUGAGCACAUCGGUCAUUGCCGUCACCAUCCAGGGGGGAGCACACCACCUAGACCUCAGAGCAUCUAACCCAAAAGACCCUCCAUCUGUCGUGGAGGUGCGUAAACUGGAAGCCACCCUCAUCCGUGAGUGGGUAGAGGCAGCCAGACUAAAGUGACCGGCAAUGCCCUGGUGGCCUGGGCCUGAGAAGCAGCAUUCUUCCAGCUAAGGCACAGCAGGACCCAGAGAUCUCUUAUUUUAUGUGAGCAAUUGUGAUAUGACAGCUCGCCUUACAUCUGAAGGGCCGUCCACAGCGGCCUGACUACCGUGAACUUCAAGCAAGAGGUACCAAAGCUGGUGGUGGACAGAAGGAACCAAAUAAACUUAUGGUUGUU